GAAGAGUUCCAGGGGCGGAUGAGGGCCUGAGUGGGCUUGACUCUCAGCCUCCCUCCUGGGGCUGGAGAGAACCAGCAGGCGCCGGGCAGAGGAGCUGCUAGAACAAUGCUGAGGCGGGCGAGGUGAGGAGCGGCCCUCGCGGCCCCCCCGACGACGGAGUGUCUCGAACAGGUGAUAGGAGGAUCCGGAAACCGAGGCCACCUGGGCAUCCCUCCCCGCUCUCAGCCAGGCCCGGCACCCCAAAGGCAGUGGGGAAACCAUGGCGACCAAUUUCAACGACAUCGUCAAGCAAGGCUACGUGAAGAUGAAGAGCAGGAAGCUCGGGAUUUACCGGAGGUGCUGGCUGGUGUUCCGGAAAUCCUCCAGCAAAGGGCCCCAGCGGCUGGAGAAGUACCCAGAUGAGAAGUCAGUGUGCCUCCGAGGCUGCCCCAAGGUAACUGAGAUCAGCAACGUCAAAUGUGUCACGCGGCUCCCCAAGGAGACCAAGAGGCAGGCGGUGGCCAUCAUAUUCACCGACGACUCAGCACGUACCUUCACCUGCGACUCAGAGCUGGAGGCCGAGGAGUGGUACAAGACACUGUCUGUGGAGUGUCUGGGGUCACGACUCAAUGACAUCAGUCUGGGAGAGCCGGACCUCCUGGCCCCAGGAGUGCAGUGUGAGCAGACAGACCGCUUCAAUGUCUUCCUGUUGCCCUGCCCCAACCUGGAUGUGUAUGGCGAGUGCAAGCUGCAGAUCACCCACGAGAACAUCUACCUCUGGGACAUACACAACCCCCGCGUGAAGCUCGUCUCGUGGCCCCUCUGCUCGCUGCGUCGCUAUGGCCGGGAUGCCACACGCUUUACCUUCGAGGCUGGCCGGAUGUGUGAUGCCGGGGAAGGGCUCUACACCUUCCAGACACAGGAAGGGGAACAGAUCUACCAGCGGGUCCACAGUGCCACCUUGGCCAUCGCUGAGCAACACAAGCGCGUCCUGCUGGAGAUGGAGAAGAACGUGAGGCUGCUGAACAAGGGCACGGAACAUUACUCAUACCCCUGCACGCCCACCACUAUGCUGCCCCGCAGUGCCUACUGGCACCACAUCACAGGUUCCCAGAAUAUUGCCGAGGCGUCCAGCUGUGCCGGUGAGUCCCAGCGGCGCCCCACACUCACCUGCCACAAGGUUCUGUGGAGGACCGGGCCUUCUGGGCGGGGGUCCUUUGACCUGCGUCCAAGUCCUGAGCCCGCCUCCGUGUCCACAGGUGAGGGGUACGGGGCAGCCCAGGCCAGCUCAGAAACAGACCUCCUCAACCGAUUCAUCCUGCUAAAGCCAAAGCCCGGCCAGGGGGACGGCAGCGAGGCCAAGACCCCAGCCCAGUGACGGCAGGGCCGGCGCGUGCCGAGGACCGCCGGGGCUGCCUCUUGCUGGGCCGACUGCAGUGUGUUGUGGACGCCCUUGAGGGGCUGCUGGCCAAGAGCCUGGAGAAGCGGAGCAAGCUAUCCCUUCCUUGCCCCCAGGGUGAGGCUGGACCAAGGCAAAGGGCUGGCCACACCGCCAGAGCAUGUGCGGGGCUGGAGCUACUGUGGGACUAUAUACUGUUAAUGAUUUUAAUAUAUAUGGCUUAUGACAUAUUCUAUACUCCUGAGAUUUCCCCCAUCCCUCCCCGAUACCACAUACAGUUUUUAAUCCCAUGACCGGGUCACAGUCAAGGCUGUUUUUGAACGUGAGGGCAGCUGUUCCCUGUCCUCCGUGGCACAGCCCUCCUGCUGCCAGGACUUGCUUGAGUGGCCAGGGCCAGAGGAGGGAGACAGAGCUCCAGGCUGGCACUGGGACCGCUGGCUUUCCCCAAGCAGCCCAGGGGCUGAGACAGCAGGUGGCUUCUCAGUUCCUCUGGGCCUAGAGGGGCACAGGAAGGAGUUGAGCUUCCACUGUGCCUCUUGGCAGCCUUGCACUUGGCAGUUUUAAGCAGAGGUGACAUCUGGUUGACACCUCAGGUGAAAAUCUGGUUUUAAAAUGUAAUUUUUGCCCAGGCCCCUUCCUGCUUAGUAGGCUGAGAAGAUCCCCCAGGGGUGGGGGUGCAGGUCACCUCAGCGAGGAGGAGGAGGGCCGGUCUGAGCUCUUCCCCGCCCCGGGGCCAGGCUGCAGGGAGCACCCCUCCCGCACCCUCACUGACCUGGGGGUAGGUGAUGUCCCAGCAGAGGGAGCCCCUCUGCCCUGUUUGGCCACCCUAUGGCCAGCCAAAAGCACUCGGAAACCGAGCCCUUCCCAUCUCCUCUUCCCCACAUGGUGCUGAGGCUCCCUGCUGAAAUGCAAUUAAAGCAAUUGAUUUUCUA